AUCAACGACAGCCCACGAUUCCACGAUGCAGUCACUUCGUAGAGCAGCAGUGACUGCUGGCCGCACGAGCCGAACUUCUCUAUCGCGCCAGUCGCGCCGAUUCGCUCACGAUGAGCACGCCCACGCCCACCCUCACCACACAGUCGAUGAGCCCAUUGGGUAUGGCUUUUGGGCGACGAUAGGCGUCAUCCCCACUGGCUUAGCCAUCUACACCAUGUCACGAAGCGACGGCGACAAUAACGAGCCUUACUUCACACGCAUGAUCUCCAAUGCUACAGAUGGACUACACGACAAGUGGACGUCGCAAAACGACUUGCACGUGCGCAUGAUCGAGCAGGCGGGUGAGGACAGGGUGCUAUUCUUGAAGACCCGGCCCCAACCGCACGUUGAAAUGAAGUUCCCCGAGAUCAUGAACGUUGGAUCGCCUUACAACGUCCCUGCAGGAAGCCAAGUUCAGAUGGACAAGGUAAUCGAGAAGUACAAGAAACUCGCAUACGAAGACAAUGAGCGCAAGUUGGAGAAGCUGCGGAACAACGACAUCUCGUCUGAGAAGCCAUUUGAAGGCAAGACGCGCGUCAAGAAGGCGCCCGAUAUGUUCUAGACACGUAUUGAGUUGGGCGGACAGAUGUACAUAUCUAAGGAAUGAUAUCCAUUUCAUUUGUGUAUAUGAGCUCUUGCACUGUCAUUACAAGAUCCUAUCCCGGGAUGAUGCUGCCUGGAUGCCGUCGCAGUAUCAUUAGUAGCGUAAUAUCAGAGUUAUGGUACAC